CCCACGCAGCAGCGAGAGCCCCUGUCUAGGUCCGUGCGCAACCCCAGACUGCAGGGACCAAGCUCUCAGCCUUGUCCAUUGAAGCUUCGUGGCCGCUUCGUCAGCCGUGGAGCCAAGCUGCUACUCCGUCAAUGUGUCCACCUCAACCAUCAACCUCAACGACAGCCAAUUCCGCGAGACGCGUCCAGCCGACUGCCCAAUUCGCAACCCACCGAUUAUCCGCACAGACAAACAGUACAGACAGACGCUGAAAAUGGCGCCCAAGCAACGAAACGCCGCCGCCCGCUCCGUGUCUCCGGUCCCCCCAUCCACAGCCUCCCCCGGCGCGGCCGCGGCACCAACAGCAACGGCCUCCUCCUCCUCUUCGUCAUCAACACCAGCACCAGCGACGACUACAGCCCCCGCGGCAAGACACGCCACCUCCAAGUUGAGCAGCAGCAGCAGCGCGGGCGGCGCGCAGGCGUGGGACAGGAUCGUGGGCAACGUGGUGGCGCACUACCUGGACACGACGCCGCAGCGGACCAAGCUGCUGGACGCCUUCAUGGCCUUCCUGGUGGCCGUCGGCGCGCUGCAGUUUGCGUACUGCGUGCUUGCCGGCAACUACCCGUUCAAUGCGUUCUUGUCCGGGUUCGCCGCCACGGUCGGCCAGUUCGUCCUCACCGGUAGGUUGGAAUUCUCUCAUCCUCCCAGGCCCGUGGGAGACGCUUGAAAUGGGUCGGUUGGAUGCUGAUAUUGCGGGAACCCACCAGCGUCGUUGAGGAUUCAGACUACUGAGGCAAACA